GCGAAAGAAGGGUGUGUGUGCGCUGCGCCCGGGGUGUGAGUGUUGGGUGCGGGGGCAGGAAGAGGAGGGAGAAGGGGUGGGGUGAGCGGAGGCCCUGACACCGGCCCAGGCUCCUCCUGCCUCCCCCGCUCCCCACCCCCACUUACUAAGGCACCCAGCCCGCGGCGCUCUGCUCACUGGCCGCGCGUCCCCGCCACCCGAGCGCCCCCGCCAGCCGAGCCUCCCCGCCGCGCCUCCUGCCACGGUUCCAACAGACCUCACCAAAAUGCCCUCUCAAAUGGAACACGCCAUGGAAACCAUGAUGUUCACAUUUCACAAAUUUGCUGGGGAUAAAGGCUACUUAACAAAGGAGGACCUGAGAGUACUCAUGGAAAAGGAGUUCCCUGGAUUUUUGGAAAAUCAAAAAGACCCUCUGGCUGUGGACAAAAUAAUGAAGGACCUGGACCAGUGCCGAGAUGGCAAAGUGGGCUUCCAGAGCUUCUUUUCACUAAUCGCUGGGCUCACCAUCGCAUGCAAUGACUAUUUUGUAGUACACAUGAAGCAGAGGGGAAAGAAGUAGGCAGCAUUGAGCAAUUACUCCCACCCUGAUAAGAAUUCUCAUAAAGGGUCACUUAAGGAAUCUGCCCCACAGCUACCCCCCCCCCCGUAUAAGGAUUUCCUGAGCAGAUUGGGACCCUUAGAAAAUGUACAAAUAAAAUCCAGCUCCACCUUGAGAAGCAGAGAAAGAAGAGUCAAUUAAAGCCAGAUAAGCUUUUGAUUUUUAUAUUGCUUGCAUCCCCUUGCCCUCAAUAAACAAAUUCCUUUUUUAGUUCUGAA